UUCGAUGUUCUCCCUCGCUGUGGGAGCCGGUGGUAAAGGUGACAAUAUGAACCUAAUGCGUCCUUCUUCUCACAUAUAACCGGUGACUUUUACACAGAUACACUCGGUGCUCGUUACCGGACACCCAGCAGCGUACUGACGUCGUUGUAAAAGCCGUCAGAGUUGCGUUAGAGCUCGCAAAGGACACAACGCUUUAACACUAGAACUCAGGGUCACCAGAUCUUCUGAAAUCAGCUCAACACCUCUAAAAUGGACAGUGAGGAUGAUCUGGACAUUUUGACGGCGCUGCUGGCUGAGAGCGAGGGCGUCGGAGAAGAACAGGGCGGUCAGGAGCAGGCAGACGACUUGGACGACCUGUUCGACAACGACAAUGAUGAGGAGGAAGAGUACAAAGACGGCGCUGAGGACGAAGGGCAGGACGUGAAGAAAGCAGACCCAUUGUUGGAUCUCUUUGGCGAUGUGGAUGACAUUGAAAGUGAAGAGAAAGACACUAAAGGGAAAGAGAGUGGAGGAGAAGCCUGUGAGAGCCUGGACAGGUCCAAGGAGGACUUACAAGAGGAGCUCAGGCGCAUGCAGGAGCAGAUGCAGCGGUUGCAGCAGCAGCUGGAAUCAAGCCAGAAGGUUUCCACUCCAGUCAGGGCUGCAGGGAGCUCGGCUGGUCCCAAACCGACGAUCCCAAAACCGACACCCCCUCGACAGCCGACCCCAAAACCGACACCCCCUAGACAGACGACCUCCAAAGUGAACCAGGCCAAACCAGCCUCUACCACACAGAAGACCAAGACACAAGCUGCAGCAACAUCUUCAUCCACUCCAGUCAGAGAACAAAGUGUGAAGCUCCAGGAGUCCUCAGACUUUUUCGAUCAGCUGAACAAUGCUGACUCCUUCAAGCGCAAACCCAGGGUAGCUCACCAUCCCAAACCCAGCACCUCACCAGAAGACAGGGGGCCUCUGGUGGAGAUAAAGAUCGGCAGCUCCUUCCAGCCUGUAGCGAGCACCAGCAAGGACAGCAAUCCUCUGCGUUCACCUCCAGCCUCUCAGAGCAGACCUGCACCAGCUGCCAAAGCAGGACAGCCUAAACCUUCUUCUCUCCCUCCUCUUCCUAAAGAUGUGGGUGUUGAGAAAUACUCAGGACUGCGGCUCAGAAAACCGCGGGUUUCCUCCAGCGAGAUGGACCGCAAGAUGGCCGACCGCCGCCUGAUCCGCCUGUCGCAGGUGCCGGAGCGUUUGGCUCGGGAGAAGCUGGAGGACAGCGACUGGGUGACCUUCGGGGUGCUGGUCAACAAGGCCACGCCACAAAGCAACAGCAGUGGCAAAACCUUCAGCAUCUGGAAGCUGAACGACCUCCAUAACAUGGAAGUGUUCGUGUCUCUGCUCCUGUUCAGCGAGGUGCAUAAAGAGCACUGGAAGACGGAGCCGGGCACCGUCAUAGGCCUCCUCAACCCGAACGCCAUGAAGCAGAAAGACGGAUAUGACGGGGUGAGCCUGACGGUGGAUCACCCACAGAAGGUGUUGCUGAUGGGUGAAGCUCAGGACUACGGCACCUGCAAGGCCAUGAAGAAGAACGGAGACCCCUGCUCUCAGAUAGUCAACCUGUACGAGUGCCAGUACUGCCAGUAUCACGUCAAGGCCCAGUAUAAGAAGAUGAGCGCCAAGAGGGCCGAGCUGCAGUCGUCGUUUUCUGGAAAAGCUCCCAACAAGGUGAAGGGGAAGGGCGGCAGCCUGAGAGACCGGCUGUGUCAGGACGGCUUCUACUACGGCGGUGUGUCCUCAGCUGCCUGCGCCUCCUCACUAACGGCGUCCAAACCGAACAAACCCGCCCAGAAGACUCUGGACUCGCUGUUUGUGAAGGGCUCGGCUCAGCUCAUCCAUCAGGCCAAAAAGCUGGGCGUGCAGUCCGGAGAAGUUUCAGGUUGUUCAAAUGAAUUUAAGAGCCUGUUGUCGAUGCCAACACCCGGAGCUCUGCAGCUGAAGAAGCACUUAGUAAAGGGCAACCAAACAGUCUCCAAAGAUGCAUCCGAAGCUCCACUUCAGUCCAUCACAGCCUCAGACCUGCUGAAGCAGCAGAAACAGAAGCAGCGGGAGUUUCUGCAGAACCGCCGGCGGAGGGCAGAUGAGAUCCAGAAGAAGGUGCUGCAGAGCUCAGCUGGACCCGGGUCGUCGUCGUCGUCACUGGGCCGGAAUGGUCUUACGUCCCCGAAAGCAGCUUCUGAGGCCCCUAAGGCCACCCGAAGCCCUCCAACUCCCCACGCCCCCACCCUGGGCCGAGGCUUCUCUGAAGGGGAAGACAUCCUCUUCUUUGAGAACAGCCCGCCACCGGCGCCCGCCCCCAGCGCUUUCCUAUCAGCCACCAAGCUGGCUGCUCUGAAGAAACUGAGAGCCAAAGGGGCCGGGCUCGAAAAGGAAGACCCCAACGCUGUGAAGAGGAAGAGGAGUAACGACACUGAGAUCAACGCCCGGGUGGAGAAGAAUCUCACCUCACCCAAAGGUGACUCAUCCAGUAACGGGGAAGAGGAACCUGCCCAGAAGAAGAAGAGAGAGCUCCUCUACGUCCAAUCAGAGGAGUUCCAAAAGAUCCUCAGUGCCAAAUCUCGCCACGAUGUUGUUCUACAGGCGGCGGAGUACCAACUGCAGGAGCGCUACUUUGAUCCUCUGGUGAAGAAGGAGCAGAUGGAGGAGAAGAUGAAGGGCAUCAGAGAGAUGAAGUGUCGUGCUGUUUCCUGUAAAAAGUGUAGUUACACUUACUUCAAGCCGGCGGAUCGUUGUGUGGAGCAGAAUCAUGAUCUGCGGUGGCACGAUGCUGUGAAACGUUUUUUCAAAUGUGCCUGUGGACAGAGAGCCAUCGCUCUAGACAGACUGCCCAACAAACACUGCAGUAACUGUGGUCUGUUUAAAUGGGAGCGUGACGGGAUGCUGAAGGAAAAAGCUGGACCGAAGCUCGGAGGAGAGCUUCUCCUGCCUCGAGGAGAGGAGCACGGCAAGUUCCUCAACAGCAAGUGACAGCGCCAAGCCGGUAGUUGUGGGAACAUGUGUUUUAUGUUUGUAAUUUAAGUGUGUGUAGCAUUUUUAAAUUUGUAUGAAUUAUGUUUUUAAAGUUUGUUUCUUGUGUUAUGGAUUAUGGAGACUUUCAUGUCUGUGAUUAUACUGGAUAUGCUGGAAAUGAGCUGAUUAAAGUCACAAUUUGCAA